GCAGCAUUUUAUUACCUACGUGUAGUGAGUGGAUGUGAUGAUGUUUCUGCUCUGAUGUUAUGAUAAUAUUUAUGUUUAUUUUCACACUUAUAUAUAUAUAAAACCUUAUACACAUCAAAAUUAAAAAUGGUUUUAGCAGAUUUGGGUCGAAAAAUCACGAACGCUUUGCGUUCUUUGAAUAAUGCCACAAUUAUCAAUAAAGAGGUUUUGGAUUCUAUGUUAAAGGAAAUAUGUACAGCACUACUAGAAGCAGAUGUUAAUAUAAAGUUAGUCAAACAACUUCGUGAAAAUGUCAGAUCUGUCAUUGAUUUUGAUGAAAUGGCUGCAGGUUUGAACAAGCGGCGUAUGAUUCAGUCUGCAGUAUUUAAAGAGCUAAUAAAACUUGUUGAUCCUGGAGUCAAAGCAUGGCAACCCACCAAAGGAAAGCCAAAUAUCAUCAUGUUUGUCGGUCUUCAAGGAAGUGGUAAAACAACUACUUGUACUAAAUUAGCUUAUUAUUAUUUAAGAAAAGGAUGGAAGACUUGCCUUGUGUGUGCUGACACUUUCAGAGCUGGUGCCUUUGAUCAAUUAAAACAAAAUGCAACAAAAGCUAGAAUACCUUUCUAUGGAAGCUAUACAGAAGUAGAUCCUGUUGUAAUUGCUCAAGAGGGUGUAGAAAAAUUUAAGAACGAAAGUUUUGAAAUUAUAAUUGUAGAUACCAGUGGUAGGCAUAAGCAAGAAGAUUCAUUAUUUGAAGAAAUGUUACAAGUUUCUAAUGCUACGAAUCCAGAUAAUAUUAUAUUCGUGAUGGAUGCUUCAAUUGGUCAAGCUUGUGAAGCACAGGCUAGAGCAUUCAAAGAUAAAGUAGAUGUAGGUGCUGUUAUAGUUACAAAAUUAGAUGGUCACGCAAAAGGUGGAGGAGCACUUAGUGCAGUUGCUGCUACACAGAGUCCUAUCAUAUUUAUUGGCACUGGUGAACAUAUAGAUGAUUUCGAACCUUUUAAAGUAAAACCUUUUGUCAGCAAGCUUUUAGGAAUGGGAGAUAUUGAAGGAUUAAUUGACAAAGUAAAUGAACUGAAACUAGAUGACAAUGAAGAACUUAUAGAAAAAUUAAAACAUGGUGAGUUUACAUUGAGAGAUAUGUACGAACAAUUUCAAAAUAUUAUGAAAAUGGGACCUUUCAGUCAAAUUAUGAAUAUGAUCCCAGGAUUUAGUAGUGAUUUCAUGACAAAAGGCAAUGAACAAGAAUCCAUGUCCAGGUUAAAAAAGCUGAUGACUAUCAUGGACAGCAUGAAUGACCGAGAAUUAGAUCACAGGGAAGGAGCAAAGCUUUUUUCUAGACAAACAGGUCGUAUUACAAGGGUAGCAAGGGGAGCUGGUGUUGCUACGAGAGACGUUCAAGAGUUGCUUUCACAAUAUACUAAAUUUGCUGCCAUGGUAAAGAAAAUGGGUGGCAUCAAAGGCUUAUUUAAAGGUGGUGAUAUAGCAAAAAAUGUUAACUCCGUUCAAAUAAAUAAAUUAAAUCAACAGAUGGCAAAAAUGAUGGAUCCUAGAGUAUUACAACAAAUGGGUGGCAUCAGUGGACUACAGAAUAUGAUGCGCCAACUGCAAGGUGCAGCUACAAAUAACCUGGGUGCAAGAUCAGGGAAAUGACAUUCUUGUGAUGCCUAAAACCAAAUUCAUUCUUUUUGUUGCCUAAUGGUAACUCACAAUGGUAACAGAGAGACUGUCUGUGAUGGUUUCAAGAAUAGUUACAAAAUUAUUAUUUAUGGUAGAUGCUCAUCAGCCAUUUCUACCAAUUGUACAUUAAACUUUUGUACACAAUUUUAUGACUUGUAAAAAAAUAUAGGAAAAGAAAUUCUUAUUAGACACUAUGCAUUAAGGAAUUCUUUUUUUAUACGAAUGAAAUGUAAAUAUGCCAAAAUUGUGUAUAACUUAUUUGCCAGAAGUCCAUUAAUGUCAAUAAAAGUAUCACUUGGGUUUUAA